GCUAACACAUAGCAUGCUAUGGCAUUUUUAACAGAACCGAAUGGCGUGGUUCUAAUGACAAGAGCAUUAGAGGAACCGGAGGCUUAAUCUGCAUUAGCUGCCUGCUGCCCCACUGGGCUGCGUGGGCUUCUCGUCAGCGAGGCUACUGUCUCUUUAAAUUUACCCAGGAGCCCCUUAAGGAGCCCCAGGGGCCCCUAGUCCGGCUCCCCACCCUGAAGACAAGCAAGAGCCUAAAAUACAUGACUGGAGGCCCAGUCGGGUUUUUUUUUCGGACACGGAGCAGGACGCUUUUUAACGGCUCGAGUGUGUGUUAUUCGGAAUCCAUGUUGGUAUGAAUUGGUGAAAAGUUAACUUGGCUCCCACACCACACGCACGUACAAACACACACAUCGUUAGUGCUGCUGUGCGAUGCCAGAUGCGUGUCGCCAACAUGUCCGUGUGCGAGUGACAUGUCCCACUCCGCCGAGGAGGACGGCGAGCGGCCCAGGCGUCAAGCCGCGACCGGGUCGGUGAUGGAAGACACGGCGCCCGGGGACAGCGAGCCCGUGGACCUCCGCUGUGGCGAACAGGCUAAGCUGCUCUCAUUAAUAAUAAUCAGCGGGGAGGAGGAGGAGGAAGCGACCCACGGACACACUGACUUGGGAGAGGAGGACACAUUUGCUAACGGCCACGCUGACGAAGAGUCAGAGACAGGAACGGUGGACCCUAUCAAAUCUCCAGGCACCAGCUACUGGAGCAUCACAGAAGAUCCAGACCAGCCGCUCCUUCUUUCUCCGACCACCGGACCUUCCAGGCGCAAAUCUAGAGUACAGCGCGCCUCUAGACCGGGCCUGAGUCGCAUCCCAGGCCGCGAUCACCGCCGAUACUACCAUGAGUACUGGCGCAGCGAGUACCUGAUGGACUUUGACCCCCAGCGGCACGGGAUGAUCUGCAUGGUAUGCGGCAGCUCACUGGCUACGCUCAAGCUCAGUACCAUCAAGAGGCACAUCAGGCAGAAGCAUCCGGACUCGCUGCUGUGGAGCGCCGCUGACAAGGAGGUGAUCCGUUCAGGGUGGGAGAGCCACUUGAACCUCGGGGGAGGUCAGAAUUCAUUUGGAGCCUCGCCUCAGAGAGAUGACGACUCGAUGGACUCGGGCCAUCUUGCUGCAGAAGCUGCACAAGCCGGAGCUCCUGAGCAGCAGCCACAACAAUCACUCAGCCUCUCUCCUCAAUCUGAGACAGGAGAACCUCAGAAUACGGAGGAGAACGAGGAGCAGGACGUAGCCGGGCCUUCCACCCGCACACUGGAAUGCUAUCUGAAUGCCUCGCUGCACGCCUGGUUCCGCCAGGAGUUCCUUAUGGAGUACGAGGCGGAGCCCGGUAGACUGCUGUGCAUGGUGUGCGGAGCCCAGCUGCCCUCGCUUCAUCUGGACCACAUUAAGAGUCACGUGUUGGACACACACCCCGACUCGUUGGUCUUCAGCUCGGAGGAGAAGCACUGCGUCCUGCAGGCCUGGGCUCAGACCCACGAUGAGUGGGAAAACUCAAUCAAAUCCGAGCCAAACACCAAAGACGACAACUUCACGUCUAAUCACACCACGUCCGACUUGUGCCAAGAAGUUGACGCUCCAUUGUCUCAGAACGCUUGUCUCAUCCGUGAAGAUGGCGGCAUUGAAGCUCCGCAGUUGGAGCCGCAGCCCCUCCUCCGCCAGCCCAGGAGGAGGCGUCUGCGUGGGGGCAACCCCUGGCGACUUCGACUGGACUAUCUGAUAGCGUACGGGCCCCAGGGCCGCGGUACCUACUGCAUGGUGUGCUCUCAGGUUCUGCACGAGACCAAGGUCAGCAGCUUCAGACAGCACAUCCAGGAAUGUCAUCCUGAGACCACCGGCCUGAGUCGGCAAGAAAGAGAAGCCAUGGCUGCAGCUUGGACCAAAGACUACUCCUGUGACCACGGCACAGCACAAGAUGAAAUGAGCUCAAGUGAAGCCGCCGUCCUAAAUACCACAGGAGGCCCGAAUGAGGACGGCUCCCCUGACAUCAAAGUAUUCAGCCAAGCGACAACCGAGGAUGACGAUGACGAAAGUGCGGUCAAGGACAAAGCCAAGGAAGACGGCACCACGGCCACGCCCUCUCGCCACAGCCAUUACCCGGGGAAAGACCAGCGGCGGAAUUACCAGGUACGCUGGCGCUCCGACUUCCUCAUGGACUACGACUGCCGGAGACACGGGCUCAUCUGCAUGGUGUGCGGCGCCACGUUGGCUACGCUGAAGGUGAGCACCAUCAAGAGGCACAUCCAACAGGUGCACGCCCACUCGCUGUCGUACACCACUGAGGACAAGCAGACCGCCAUGUUGAACUAUGAUCAGAACUCCAUGCAUUUUAUCCACUCGGAUGACUGCUUUUUUUCCCAGGACCAUACACGUACCGACAUGGGGCCUUCCCCAGCACACUUUGGUACAUAGAAUGGGAUUCCAAUUGGUGGUGGUGUACACACAUGACCACAAGGAUUCAGUUUUUGGCAUCACUGCUGUGUUCACACUUGUGAUCCGGACCAAAAAUAUCUUAACCGGAUUAAAAAUGACAAGUGUGAACACACUCUUUGACAUCUAAAGUGACCCAGACUGCAUUCGUUUAUGCGGAAAAGCAGAAUUAUCUAUUAUGGACCCCCUUUACCUGACAUGGAAUCCUCCCAAGGAAGCGAUCUUCGUUUGUGAUUUUUUAAAUCUCAGGACGGUGAAAGAAGAAAUGAAUUGGAAUCAGCACUUUUUUUUUUUUUUUUUUAGCCACAAAUGUAUUAAUCAUCCCUUCUGUACGGCCACCUGAAUGAACACUUUCAACGUCUAUUUGCUUAAGACAAUGAAUUCCUUUGCAUCUACUUUGUUUACAUCAGCACUUGUAAUACUGACAGUUAUCUCUGCCGGCCUCCAUCAUCCAAACAUCUUAGCUUAAAUAUGCACAAAAUGCGGUGUAAAUAUAAGAAAUAUUACCAUUUCAAUUCACUUUUUAUGACCACUUUUACACACAUGCCAGACCAAAUACAUUUUUUAAAUAAGCGUAUGCAACUCAAGUGGACACAAAAAUCAGAAAGAAAAGUCACUUCUUAACCUGGAAAAAUAAUCUCAGGGAUUUUGUCUUUGUUCCCAAAGUGGUUCUAGCAAUUUGGAAUAUGUGGUCCUCCGUUGCCCACAUAAAUUAGAUUAAAUUUUCACUAGUAAAGUCAAAGUCAAUCCUGCAAAAAUACUCAGAAAGGGGAGAUGUGGACACCGGGCAUAAAUAUGGUAUCCUUGAACACUCUUAGAAAAUACAGUGAUAAUAUUUUAGUACAGUAAACCUCGGAUAUAUCGGAUUCAAUUGUUCCCACUGGUUUUGUCCGAUAUAAGCGAAAUCCGUUAUAUGCGUAUACCGGAAAAUGUCCGUUUUACGCAUAUAUCGGAUUUAUAUCCGGUAUAUGCGUAAAUCGGAUUUUAUCCGUGAUAAAAAGGCACUUCCUUGACUAUGUUUCCAAUGUACCUGGACGCGCAGGCAACGCUGUAAAUGACGUCGUAUAGCGGCCUGUCACGAUUCGGCGAAUCGGAGCGCCACGAUGCGGCCAUCCGAUAUAUGCGAGGGAAAUUUAAUGGAAAUGCAUUGGAAUGGGACUGGAGAUUUUGUCCGAAAUAGGCGAAAUCCGUUAUAAAAAAUCCGAUAUAUGCAAUGAAUUUUUAUUGGAAAUGCAUUACAGAAAAAUCGGUUCUUUUUUAUCUGUCCGUUGUGAGCGAAUUUCCGAUAUAUCCGAGUCCGAUAUAUCCGAAGUUUACUGUAGCUUCAUUUCAUAUGUUGGGGUCGUAGGAACAAAACGGGUUUGUAAACCGAGGACCUUCUGGACAUAUUUUAGUACUAUCCCCUAGGAAAAAUAAUAAAUUGGUAAAAGCACACUAACGGGAAAAGUCAUGCAACUAAAGCCAUUCUAAUGGGUAAUUUAUCAGUUAAUAUUUGAAAUGAAUGCAGUAGUAAUUUAUUGGAUUGGACUAUUUUUCUUUCAUUGAAUGUGACUAUUUGUAUGAGCGUCACUCAAGUUUGUUAUGUAAAUGACACAGGAAUGAUAAAUUGAGUGCAAAAAGGAGGGGACCAGCAAAGGUUGCGAUUCACACACACACACACACACACACACACACACACAGUCACCUUUUCAACUCCAUUGGCCCACUUUGGUUGAAUAACACAUUUUCACUUCACUCAAGAGUUCUAACCCAGCACUUAACGCUACAUAUUACACCAUCAUGUGUUUUUGUGACGUCAACUCACCUGUCAUCUGUACGUGGCCUGCAUGUGAGAAUCACCUGAAGACUUCAUUCACCUAAUUCUUUUCACAUAAAACAAGAGUGUCAUCAAAGCAUAUGUAUGGAAUUAUUCCCAAAAUAUGAUUUCCCCGUAUAGUAUAAUGCAUAAUAUACACUCAACCCCAACUAUGAUUGAGCCAAUAAAACAAUUGUGGUUCUGCA